UUUCGGUUUGGCAAGUCACGUGAGGUUAUAUCAAACCAAAAGCGAAAAUAUGAUUCAAGGAAAUUGCUAAACCCACACUUGAAGUCAAAUAUAGUUAUGAGAGACUUCGCAAGGACAUUGGGGAUCUAUGUGGUGAAAAUAACUAAAUCAUCAUGAGUGGCCAUGAAGCAAUGGACACAUCAGACAACUACAAGGAUGGACAACAUCCAGCACCAGUGAAAGAUACGGGACAUCAUGGAGCUGGUAGAAGCCAACCGUACUCAAACAUGCAAGGCCAGUAUUAUCCUCCAGGGCGACAACAAGGACCUGUCUACCCUCCUGAUGGACAUCCUCCAGUGUCGCAGUUCUGCUAUUGUUACAGUGCACCCCCACACUAUCAUCCUGGUGGCUUUGUAUAUCAGUCAUAUCCUUACAUGCAACACAAUGUGAACUCCAGUGCUGCAGGUCCAACUCCUCCAUACCCAAUGGACUAUACUACUGGUUACAGACAUACUGGUUUACACAACAAUACAACCCAACAAAUUACUACACUUCCAAACCUCAUGCAUGCCACUAUCCCAUAUCAAUAUGAUGGACAAAUUCAGCAGACUCCGCAUGGACCUCAGACUGCAGCUGAGCAAGCUCAAUCAUAUCCACACGCAUCUGCCCAACCCCCGUAUGGUCCUGGCAUUUCACAGAUACAGCAAGGUAUGACCAACCACCCCUCUACAGAUACCGUUGGAGCUCCUCCAGAGCAGCAUCCCAAUACAGAUCCAAAGAUUCCUAUGAAACUACAACCUUCUAGUCCUUCAAGAUCAGGACACUCAAGCUCACCAGCAAUUCCCCUAGGAGAGACACAUCUCUCAGCAGCAGACUCUGGAACCCCUCUGAUGAGUCCGGCCAAUCCAGACCCUCAGUUUGCCAUGAAACUACAACCUUCUAGCCCUGCAGGCCUGGUUGUUGGAGAGGGAAGUGGGAAUGAUCCUGACAGUAGACCAGGAGAUGGUAUCAGUGGUCUCAUGGAAGGCUUUAAGAAGCUGAAUGUGAAUGAGGAUGACAGGAACAUGGCAACAGACAAACAGAAGAUGACAGUUGGUGACAGUGAUGCUUCUAAAGCUGGGAAGCUCAUCGACAAUGAGGUUAAAGAGCACAUGAAAACAGAAGAAAGAAAUUUUCUAUCUGUUUCAAGCAAAACAGAAUCCCAACAAUUCUCCCAAUUUGAAGGUGGAUGUCAGAGCUCAGGAGCAGGAACUAGGCAUGCUGCAAUGGAGUAUCUUGAUAAAUUUCUGCUCUCUGGACUCAAACCCAAUAUCUCAGAAGAGACUUUAAUGAACUACAUUGAAGUUGUGAGUGAAUGUGAUGUCCAAAGAAUUGAAUAUACUCUUGACCAAACAACAGCUGUCAUAACUGUGGAUCAACAUCCAGAUUGGGAUUCAAUGGAGAAGAUGGUUAGAAAAAAAAAAUUGGAAAGUGAAACAGUGGGAAUUCAACGAAUUGCUCAUACACAAAGUAUUUGUGUGCAUGGAAGCUUCAACGGGAACCAAGAAGACUUAUUUAGAAAUUAUUUUGAGAAUGAGAAGAGUGGAAAUGAGAAGUGGCAGGUGACCAGAGUUCAAAUCAUGGAGGACUUGGUGGUUGUGACAUUUGAGAGUCCAGAAGCUGUGGAAGCUGUGCUCUCACAACCAACUCACCAUGUCUCGGGAAAAACAUGGAACGUACAAAUUUUCUACACCGACAUUGGAUAUGUCCAAGAAAGAUCCAUGAUGAUAGAUACAGCCUGGAUUUCAAGUAUGAUGUUAGGGGAAGUAAGAUUGCUGAGAGUAACUGGAUUCCUCGACACUUUGAUGACUGAACUCCGACAUCUUGAAGAGGCAUCAGUUGAGGGGGACACCAAGGUGAAAUUGAAGGGGACAGAGGCAGCCAUUGACACAGCAAAAGAUAAGAUAACUCAAUUACAACAAAAGAUAAAGAGGGCGAAAUUGGAUUGCUCCGCUGCUAAGAAAAAAUACCUUGAGAGUGAGUUUGGGGCGAGAUACAUGGUGGAUGCACUCUCUCACAAAGGUAUCAGAAGUGCUUGGGGUCCUGAUGCAAACACAAUUUAUAUUUUUGCGAUGUCUGACAGGGAUUUGCAAGACACAGUAUCAUGGAUCAAGAAACACAUUAAAGAGCAGCAUUUCACUGUCCCAGCCAUGAAGGAAGACACGUUUGCUGAAAAGUUCAAAUCUUUGCAGCAAAAGUUGAAGGAACAUCCAACGGGAUCAUUCAGUUUUGAGUUAUCUCGUGAUAGCAGAUGUAUCAUUGUAGUGGCACAACAUGAGGUUUCAUAUGAUGUUUUUGAGUCAAUUAUAUCCUGCUUUCCUAAACCAGUUGCCAUUGAAACCAUGCAACUGCCGUUUUCAAAGUGUCAACUCAGAUUUAUGCAGACACACAUGCUGGACAAGGUGCAGCAGAUGAAAUCUAAAUGCAGGGUCCAGUUGAAUUUCAAAGAAGAACAAUGUCAGCUUGAGAUCAAGGGUGAAGGGGAAAUGAUUAAAAAAUCGAAGAAAAUGUUGGAUGAAAUUGUUUUAACAAAUGAUAUUCUUCCACUUGGAUCAGAGGAAUCAGAAAUCCUUCUUCAAUCAGGUCAUGUUCAGAGUUUGCAAGAUCAUGUUGAAAGAACUGAAAGAUGUACCAUCUCUCACAAGGUAAUAGGUGAUAUGCACAGCAAGGAUACACACCCCAUCAUGGCAGCAUCAGGUGCAACUGGAGAUUACAAAGAAAAAGGAUGCGGGAAGGAUCAUAGGUACAACGGAGGUCAAAGCCAUGCACAUGAUCAAGAACCUUCUACCAGGUGGUAUGUUCCAAUCCCUGAUUUGCAGGAAGACAAAGGGACAAAUGGAGAUGGUUGGCAGACUGUCCACCCAAAAAGUAGAAGGGCUGGCCGCAGAUUUGUAACAAGUUCAAGAAUAACUAUCAAACUAAAGAAAGGAGAGCUUGCCAAAGAAAAGGCUGAUGUUAUCAUCAACACUGUAGGAAAAGGUUUGUCCUGGAAGGCUGGACGCUUAUCAAAAUCCAUUGUUGAAGCUGGAGGAACGAAGUUGCAGAAUGAAUGUGAAGGUCACAAGAAAUUGAUAGAGGGACGCUAUGUUGCGACAGGUGGUGGUAACCUGUUAUGUGGACAUGUCUUUCACUGCUGUCUACCUCCUGCCCAGGAUUUGACUGCUGGACAGAAAAUUGAAGAUCUUAUACAACAAAUGUUGAAGUAUGCAGAUGUGCUGAAAGCCAGCUCGGUGUCAUUCCCAGCUCUUGGAACAGGAGGACUUGGCUACAACCCUAGUGUUGUUGCCAAUGCGAUGUACAAAUCUGUUCGGGAAUAUGAAGAAAAAAACUCAAGCUCAAAUAUUCAAGAAGUCAGAUUUGUCAUAUUCCCAAGCAAUGACAACGUUUUUAAGGUAUUUGAAGAUAUUGACAAGCAAAUCAAGUCAUCAAAUGUGGCACAGCCUGGGAGAUCGUCAAACCAGUCUGGACGUUUCCCUACUUUAUGUGUGGCAGAAAUUGCUAAACUGAAGGUGGACAUCAUUGUUAAUACUUCUAACUGUUACCUGAAUCUCAGGUAUGGAGCAGUAUCUAAAUCACUUGUUCAGUUUGGAGGGGAUUCAAUUCAGAAGGAGUGUGACCGUUACAUUUCAAGAAAAUGGAUACUUGUUGAUGGAUGCUUUGCUGUUACAAAAAGUGGAAAUCUACAUUGCAAAAGAAUCUUCCACUGUAGUUUGCCAAACUGUUCUUCAUAUGGAAAAACACUCAUGAAGGAAAUGAUUGUGAAGAUGUUAGACUCAGCACAUCGUUACAACAACACAAGCAUAGCAUUCCCUGCAUUAGGUACUGGCAAACUUGGCUACCCAAGUGAAGAAGUAGCAAAGAUCAUGUAUGAUGUUGUGGCUGCAUUUUGGAAGAAGAAUCCCCAAACAAGACUAGAGGAUGUUCGUUUUGUCCUCUACAAAGGUGAUGCAAAAACUAUAAAGGCAUUUCAGGAUGAGGAAAAGACGAGAGGAUCAUCACGUUUACCACCAGUACCACCCAGAUCCAGUAAACCAGCCCAUUUAAUCAGCAACAGUGGUGGUAAAAGUGCCCCAGCUCGUCCCCAAGCUGAGUUUGAUGUGACCCCCAUCAAAGUUGUUGUCAAACUGGGCAACAUUGCUGAGGAAAAGGCAGAUGCUGUGAUCAACCCAAUCAACUCGGAUAUGAACCUGCAUAAUGGAAGCGUUUCAAAGGCUCUGCUCAAAGUAGGUGGACAUGAGUUGGAGCAGAAAACCAAGGAUUUAGGGAAAAGGUUGCAAGAUGAGAGAAUAGUUAAUGUUGUGAUAGUUAACGGUGUCAGAGUAUGUCAUGUGGAUCGCCGGCUUGUCAAAGAAAAUCAGAAACAAGCCAUUCUCACUUGCCUGAAGUAUUCAGACAAACUGUUAGAUAAAACAGUUGCUUUCCCCAUUCUUCAAACAGGUGAUGUGUCAGAGGAAAUGGCUGACGACUUACACAAAGCUCUAAGUCAAUUUCUCGAAUCAUCUCAAAAUCCAAAAAUACAAGAAGUUCGUGUUGUGAUUCAUGAUCAUGAGUUCUUCGACAAGUUCUCAAAAAUGUUUGGACAGCUCACUAAAGAUGAAGGAAAAAAGGAACAGCAUAGAUUAUAUGGAAGUCAUCAACAAGUCACUUUCACUCUUUGGUCAGACCGGAGAGAAUGUUUACGGAGUGCUAAAAGAAAACUGAAGCAAUUUUGUACCAUGGAGGAGAUGAAAACUUGCAUGGAAAUUCCUACAACCAUCACCCCAAAAGAUAUUUCCAUGGUUGGAAAAGAAUAUCCAAAAGCUCAAGUCUGUCUCAGCAAAGAUCGAAAUAUGAUAGAAAUGAAGGGGAAACCAAGGAUGGUGCUUCAGGCUAUUGAUGCCUUUCACAAACUUUUCCAGAGAAACUCUGAUGACUGGCAGCGACAAGCCAAUGAGGAUGUUGAGCCAAACAUACUAUUUCAUCCAGGAGAACACUCAGAAAUGUUUGGCAAUGAUUUGAACAAAUUGCCAAGCAACACAAAAGAAACUGCUAAUUACAUGAGGAACAUGUAUCCAAACCAUCAAUUGACUCAUCCCUCAACCAACUCUGAACAUAAAAUCUGGGAAGAUACAACUGGGUCAGCGAAUGAAAAGACAAGAACACAUCAGUGGAGAGCAGAAAUGUAUAAAACAGGUCAAGAAUCAAAUCACACAAAGCCUACACAACCAGAGGGGGCAACUUGGAAUGCACACCUAGAAAACCAUGAAAACGACCAUGAUUCCAGGCCUGAAGAAAGACAUGACAGUUCUGCCACAGGAAGUCUGAAGUCAUUUAUUCAAUCAGCUAACAAAAUGAAAUGGUUCUUCCUGGAUCCUGAUGCAGAAGCUCUUGCAGCUUAUGAUGAAGGAAUAAGCAAUGACAUUGAGCAGUCUUAUCUGCAUGGGGAAAACACACACAAACUGCCUCUUGAUGAGGAGUCAGGAACUCAGUUUAUCGUAAACUUCAAAACUAUGGAGGAGUAUCCUGAAAGUGACCAAAGUGACAAGGUAGAAAUUCUGAGAAAAGAGGAAAUUGACACGGGUAAUGUAUCAGAAAAGGCUUUCCCAAAAACUUGGGAUCCAAUGGAGAGGGGCGUAAAGGUUGUGGCCCUCAAACAGACUGAUGCAGCCUAUAAAGGGGUUGAGGAGCACAUGACGAAGUCUUGUGGAAAUCUUGAUGUGUCAAUUGUCAAGGUUGAGAGAGUACAGAAUGAAGAACUAUUCAGAAGAUAUUUGGCAAAGAAGGGAAGGAAUGCGUCUUUUUGUGAAGAGAAGUUGUGGUAUCACUGUAACACGACUGACUCCAUCAACCUCAUCAAUAAACAUGGCGUCAACCUCAACUUCUGCAGGAACCAACGUGAGCCCCUUGGUGAAGGCAUCUACUUCACUGCCUUUGACCCCAUCACCAAAACACAAACCGAUGGAUCUCAGUAUGCCUAUCUCUGCCGUGUGCUGGUUGGUAAGAAUGCCAAAGGUGUACCUGGCCUUCGAGAUCCCACUUCCCAACCAGCCGAUGACAGUUCCUUCUAUCACUCAGUGGUUGAUGAUGUUGGGAAACCAUCUACAUACGUGGUCUUCAGUGAUGCCCAAGUGUACCCAGAGUAUCUUGUAACAUACAAAAUCAACCAGGAAUAGGAACUGUUUGUCUACAUCAGUAUAGCUGAGACAACACAUGAUUCAGUCAUGUGAACUUUUGUUAUGACCACUCCAUUACUAGAUUUAAGUAUUGUGCUCUGUAUAGAAUGAACACUGUGUUAUUUGUUUAUUUGUUGUGGUCUUCUAAGUUGAAAUAUUGAAUUUUGCUACAGUUAAUGCAUGAAUAUACAGAGCUUUUAUUAGAACAUAUGCAUUUUCUAUUACAUGGUUGAGUUUUAUUACUAUUAGGGCUACCAGGCAAAGUAUCUGGAAAUAACAUUAAAAUCAUCAGAUUGAUGAUGAUGAUGAUGAUGAUGAUGAUGAUGAUGAUGAUGAUAUUUUCACAAACCGUCAUUAAACUUGUCUCCAAGACCUUAUAGAAUAACUCAACUCAGUCCAGAAUGAUUUGGCAAGUUUUAAUUGCCUCAACUCUAGGAAAUUAAGCAUUGUUCUGGGCUCCAUUUGGAUUUUACAUUUAUUUGUAUAUAUAUAUUUUUAAAUAAGAUAACUUUAUUUCUGGGACUAUAGUGUAGUCUAGGCUUCCUCCUCCUACUAGGAAGAGAUGACUUGCAACAGGGACAACCCAACAUCAGCUUCUGUAAAUACAUGUAACGCUCCAAUAUGUUUACUGUGUCCUUGUGUCUCUGUCAUUUCACAACAGUAGCACUGAGGCUGUUGUUCUUGUAAGAAUAUAUGGGUAGUGAGACAACUGAUAUGUUUGUUUCACAGCUGUGCAUUGCAUGUACUCAUGCACUGAUCAUGAAUGUUCUUUUCCCUCCCAUUCUUCACACAUGCCAGUUCUCAGCAACAACUUCCCUGACAGUGAAAAUGAGGAAUGACUAAAACAGUUGCUGCAGAAGUUUUGUUGUGUUUGUUUAUUGUUUAAAGCCGCACUCGGCAGUAUUCCAGCUAUAUGACGGCGGUCUGUAAAUAAUCGAGUCUUGACCAGACAAUCCAGUGAUUAAUAUCAUGAGCAUCGAUCCAC